AUGAACAAUUCGAACUCCAACUCGGGCAAGUCCCUCGCAUCGGCCUCGAACUAUCCUGCUCAAGCUGCUUCCGAUCGCCCCGCUCCGGCUCCCGACUUCUCGCGUCGUCCAGGCCCGUCUGCUUCUGCUACCGCCACCGCGCAGACCACGCCACGAAAAGGCCAAGGAUCCCGCAAACAGCAUAGAAACCAGCGGCGCCCGGGUAUGGGAGAUCGCAUGUCGCACUCCCAGUUGGACAGAGAGGACGCGCUCGCCGAAAUGAGUGCUGUUCGCAAUCCUUCAAGUCGCCGAGGGCAGACUUCGAUUACGCAUCUGCUUACCUAUACGGCCCCGCGCCCUGUCCAAGAUCAUAGCUUCCAUCCGCGCCCCCAUCGUCGUCCCCCUAUCUGGGGUCUUGGCUCAGGUCAUCAUGCCUUGGAUAAGUCGCGAUAUGUUCACGCCAACUACCGCUUCGUCGUCCGGCCAGAGGUAUCGUAUAACGGCCAGGCGGCGGAUGCUGAUUUGUACAUUGACUGGGCAAAUGUUUUGCAAGUGAUCGCCUCAUCGGAAUCACAAAAUGCUUCAUGCCCUAUCUGUCUUUCGGAGCCAGUGGCUCCCCGAAUGGCUCGUUGCGGCCAUAUCUUUUGCCUAUCUUGCCUAAUUCGGUUUAUGAAUACGACUGCCAAUGUGGAGGAAGCCAAGUCUGGCAAGGCCGCGAAGUGGAAGAAAUGUCCUAUUUGCGAAGACAGCGUCUAUAUGCAGGAGGUGCGGGCUGUGCGAUUCUAUUCCGGGCAAGAGAGCUCCCUUCCCCGACCUGGAGACGACGUUGUGCUUCGGCUCAUGGCACGUAAAGCAAACUCCACCCUGGCACUUCCCAGGGAAGGGGGUGCUGAAGUCAUAAAUUCAAGCGACGAGGUGCCUUGGCAUUUCGCUGCCAAUGUUCUUGACUAUGCUCGGAUCAUGAAAGGAACAAAGGAAUAUAUGACCGAACAAUAUGAGGAGGAAAUUGCUGCACUCUUGCAGCAGGAAAAGGAAGACAAAAACAUGUUCGGUCAGGAUGGAGAGUGGACACAGCGUGCUGUCAAAGCCGUCAAAUCCAUGCAGGAACGCAAUGCCGACCUUGCUGACGUUGCUGCUGCCACCUCGGCAAUGAAGAGGGCUUCAGGAAAGCCAAUGUCGGACUCGGAUUUUUACUUUUACAGCACUCCACCGCAUCUCUAUCUUUCUCCAUUGGAUAUCCGCAUCCUCAAGACCAAGUACGGAUCCUUUUCCUCGUUUCCAUCCACGCUACUUCCAACCGUGGAGCAUAUUUCGACUGGCCAUUUGGUCGACGAUAAUCUGCGAAAGCGAGCCAAGUACUUGGGUCAUCUCCCUCACGGAUGCGUCAUCAGUUUCCUGGAGUGCGAUUGGACAGAUAUUGUUCCAGAGGAAACUCUUUCAACAUUUGCGUCAGAUAUUGCCAAGCGUCGCAAACGCAAUAAGGAUAAGGCUGCGCAAGAAGAACGCGAGCGGAUUGACGCAGAACGUAUGGAGGCGGCUGCUUUGCAUAGUUCUGCCGGCAUUCCCAUACCACAUCACUACGCCGCCUGA